GACGUCACGAGAUUUCCUUAGACCAAGCGGCAGCUGCUGAAGCUAGUCACAGAGCCGGGAGGACUGUCGCAGCAAUUUCUGUCUACAAAUGAUUAUUUUCGGAUAUUAUAAUUGGACGUAGCAUCAGCAGCAAUGGAUACAUCCCGUUUUUUUUUCCAUUUUUAUCACUGACUGACUGUUCUUUCCAAAUAUUUUGCUGCGUUGGGAAGCACGCAAGCGCUCGAAGGGGGGGUGUCCCUAGCUAUCAUUAUUCGACUUGCCAGGCUGAGUCACCGCUGGAGUGCCUUAAGAGAGAGAGCGAAGGAAGACGUGGAGAGAAAGGUAGUGUGAGAGAGAGACGGCUAGGGGAGUAAAGACAGAGAGUGAGAGGAAAACGAGUGGCGAGGAGGUAGCAGAAAGGAGAAGAGAGAGAGCCAAGGGAGUUGGGGAAAAAGAUGGAGUAAGGGAGAGAGAGAGACGACACACAGAGACGGAGUGAGGAGAGUGGGCGUGUGUCUGUGAGGAAGAGAAAGAGACAGCAAGGUCAGGACUGCUGAACCCCCCCACCCCCUUGGGUCUGAGCGCUGGGCUGACGGUCAAGGCGACGCCACUAUGAGUGACCAAAACGUUGUCAAGGAAGGCUGGGUUCAGAAGAGAGGUGAGUACAUAAAGAACUGGAGGCCGCGCUACUUCCUGCUGAAGACAGACGGAUCCUUCAUCGGCUACAAAGACAAACCCCAGGACGCAGACCUGGCCUAUCCCCUCAAUAACUUCUCUGUAGCAAAAUGUCAGCUGAUGAAGACAGAGCGGCCAAAGCCCAACACGUUCAUCAUCCGCUGUUUGCAGUGGACCACGGUUAUUGAGAGGACAUUCCACGUGGACACGCCCGAUGAGAGGGAUGAGUGGGCCGAGGCCAUCCAGAUGGUGGCCGACUCCCUGGCCAAGCAGGAGGAGGAGGGGAUCCUGUGCAGCCCCACGUCGCAGAUCGAGAAUGAGGUCAACGAGGAGGAGAUGGACACCUCCACCAGCCAACACAAACGGAAGACAAUGAAUGACUUUGACUAUCUGAAACUACUGGGAAAAGGCACUUUUGGGAAAGUAAUUCUGGUGAAGGAGAAGGCAAGCGGAACUUAUUACGCCAUGAAGAUCCUGAAGAAAGAAGUUAUCAUCGCCAAGGACGAAGUUGCUCACACCCUCACAGAAAGCAGAGUGUUGAAAAACACCCGGCAUCCAUUCCUAACAUCUCUGAAGUACUCCUUUCAGACCAAGGACCGGUUGUGCUUUGUCAUGGAGUAUGUGAACGGAGGAGAGCUGUUUUUCCAUUUGUCAAGAGAGCGAGUGUUUUCCGAGGACCGCACCCGAUUCUACGGAGCUGAGAUCGUCUCCGCUUUAGACUACCUUCACUCUGCCAAGAUAGUGUACCGCGAUCUGAAGCUGGAGAACUUGAUGCUGGAUAAAGACGGGCACGUCAAGAUCACGGACUUCGGCCUCUGCAAAGAGGGCAUCACCGACACGGCCACCAUGAAGACCUUCUGCGGCACGCCAGAGUACCUGGCUCCAGAGGUGCUGGAGGACAAUGACUACGGCCGGGCGGUGGACUGGUGGGGUCUGGGCGUGGUCAUGUAUGAGAUGAUGUGCGGUCGGCUGCCCUUCUACAACCAGGACCACGAGAAGCUGUUUGAGCUGAUCCUCAUGGAGGAGAUCAAGUUUCCGCGCACGCUCUCCUCCGACUCCAAGUCCCUGCUCUCCGGCCUGCUCAUCAAGGACCCCAACAAACGACUCGGUGGCGGUCCAGACGAUGCGAAGGAGAUAAUGCGCCACAGUUUCUUUGCGGCUAUAGACUGGCAAGACGUCUACGACAAAAAGUUGGUCCCCCCCUUCAUGCCACAGGUCUCGUCAGAGACAGACACCCGGUAUUUCGAUGAGGAGUUCACGGCACAGACGAUCACCAUCACUCCCCCGGAGAAAUACGAUGAAGACGGGAUGGGUGAGGGUGACAGCGAACGGAGGCCUCAUUUCCCACAAUUCUCGUAUUCGGCCAGCGGACGAGAGUGAAGGUCAUUGCCAGCCAGUAUUGCCCCGCCCCCCCCGCCGUGCGUCCGUUUCGAGGAAAACACGUAGCCAUUUUAGGAAAAGUCUCCCCUCUUUUCUCCUUCUCUGUAUUCGAGUGCAGACUGGGAGAAGUUGUCUUUUUAGGGACUGUAAAAGGGGUUUUGCACAGUGGGAUAGACUCAAGCUGGUCUCUCCACACAAAAAAAAGUAUCUUACAUUUUCAACGCUAUAUACUGCAGAAGGCAAUGUUUUUGUUAUUUAUUUUUAUCCGUCAAUAUUAGGUUGUCGACCUGUUACGUUCUUUGUCUUUUUAAAAUUUUAGUUUGAACUUUUUUGCACUUGGUUUGGAAGAGCCGUUCUAGGGAACAAAACCAAAAAUGUUGCCUUAUGUGUGCAGAUGUUUCGUAUCAUACAGACAGGGUUUAGGUCGGGGGGCUCGUGGUUCAUUCAAACAAUUAUUUUUCUCAUAUACAAUGCCAUGGUGGUGCACAUUCUCCAAUCCCAUGGCAACGAGAGUCACUAUCUGCUAAAAACAACAAAAAAGACAGAACUGACCGUUUCUUUCAUUCCAAUUUCAUUGUCAGUGUUAUUACUUUUCAUCCUUUUUGACCUUUUCAUUUUCUGCCAGAGAUUUCUACUUGGUUAUUGUUUGACAGAAACACUAAACUGCCAGAUACUGCACGGUUCACUCAGGCAACACAGAGCACAACCGCAUUCAACUCAGCUACCAGUUUAGCUUUACACACCCAUCAGGGAAAAGCUACUAUGAAUAUAUAUACAAGCCUUUUUUGCGUCUUUUUCCAGUCAUUUGAUUAAUAACUUAUUUUCAUAGCUAUAGAAAAAAUAGUGGUAUAGAUGUUUACACAAGGAAUGUGGCUUAUACAGGUCCACCUUAUGCUGUCAUAACACACAUGCUCACACACACACACACACUCUCUAACAUCAGAGCCAGCUCGGAGCUCUGCUGAUAUGGCUUGUGACAGACUAUGAAAUCUAUCUGUAUAAAAAAAGUAGAAUCUCCCCAUCAAUCUUCCCAAAGCGACAAGGUGGGCGGAAGGCAUCAAUAAUCACUAACCAUGUCGGGUCACAGAUCACGUGUAACUGAGCCAUGAAUAUACUUGUGUAUGAUGAUAUGAUGAGGACUGUGAGAAUGGAGAGAGAAAAGGAAAGCAGUUCCCCCACGUUUUUUGAUGUAAAUAUGCAAUGCCUUUUUUUGUUCUUAGUGGCAUCUUGGCCAGACAUGAACUUUUGUGUGUGACUGUACUUCAAGCUUGCAGAGGAGAACCAAGACCGGAGGAAAAAGGAAGACUGAGAAUGACGUUUUGGGUUAAAACAACGUAAACUACAACGUUGAAGACUGACUGGACGCUCCCAUUUUGUGACUGGUGUCAGCGUCGCCUCGACCUGUCUUUCCAGAUGAGGUUUCCAUGGAGACGAGAACCUUUUUCGCUGUUGGUCAAAUAAAUUGACACCCACUGUAAUGUUUUCUUUUACCCGUUCAAGUGGGACCAUGGUCAAUUCUGCAGUGAUAUGUGGUUACAUCAGGUCGUUAUCAUUCCCUUCCUUUUUUGUACCAUAGUACUAGAUUUAUUUAUGUUUGUGUCAUUCUAGGCAGUGUUACCCAGUCUUGUUCAGAGUCAAAAAGGCACCUCUCUUUAAGCCGCUGAAGGAUGAUAUUGUUGGAUGCAUUACUAAAGUCUGUUUUUUAUCCAAUUGUUUUUUGGAUUGUUUGCUUGUUUGUUUUCUUACCAAAACAUUAGGGCAAGAAACCAAUAGUGAACUUGCAAUGCCGUGGUAGUAUUUAUUUUGAAUUAAAUUAAAGAAUACAUUUCAGGGUU